CUUGUACGAGUAGUUGUGUGUGAGCGUUUAAAAUUUUAUUCACAAUGAAAUGUGGGAUUUGUUUGAAUUAUUUUUUUAUAUUUUUUCUGCUAACGGAGAUAUUAACGGUCUCGUUAUGUGUCCAUGUGAAAGUGGAACAGGGAGAAUUAAGAGGUAAACGCCUAAGGAGGAUCACUGGCAAUGGAGAAUACUUGAGUUUUAAGGGUAUACCAUACGCGGCGCCACCCAUAGGUCCACUCAGAUUUAGGGAUCCACAACCACCUUUAUCUUGGACAAGUGUACGAGAUGCGAGAAGUCACGGCGCUACCUGCCCACAAGUUGAUAUUAAUACAAAUGGAAAUUUCAGUGGGAACGAAGACUGUCUCUUUUUAAAUGUAUACACUCCUACCUUAACACCAAAAACCCCAUUACCAGUGAUGUUCUACAUACACGGUGGCUAUUACGUCAAAGGGUCCGGUAAUGAUGACCAGCUUGAACCAGAUUUCCUAAUAGACCGGGAAGUUGUUCUCGUUACCAUCAACUACAGACUUGGUGUUUUAGGCUUCUUGUCUUUAGACAUUCCUGAAGCUCCAGGUAACGUUGGCUUGAAAGACCAAGUAGCUGCAAUGGUUUGGGUAAAGAAGAACAUAGCCCACUUUGGAGGAGAUCCAGAUAACGUUACCAUUUUUGGACAAAGUGCUGGAGGUUCAGCAGUAACGCUGCAUUUGCUGUCGCCAUUGUCGAAAGGCCUUUUUAAAAGAGCUAUUGCUAUGAGUGGAGCUUUCUUUAAGGAUUUUCAAUCGCCUUUUGAACAUAAAAAACGGGCCCUUCUUCUAGCUAAACAGUUAGGUAACUGCACAAAUGAUCCCAAUGAAGCAUUGAGUUAUUUACAACAAGCUGAAGCCGUUGACUUGGUCACAGCUAAACCAUUUCUGCUUUACAAUGAGCAAGCAAGAAGAGAAUUACUUGAGAUUAUGAACUUUAGACCCAUUAUUGAAAAACAAAUGGAGAAUGGAAAUUUUCUCUCAGAGGAUCCGAUGGAACUACUAAUCAACGGAAAAGUGAAUUCAGUUGAAUUAGUUCUAGGUCACACAGAGGAAGAAGGUAUUUAUAGAGCCGUCACCCAAAAAGACUAUUUAUUAAAAUACUAUCCCUAUGACGAGUUUUUGGUGCCUGUGAGAAUUGCCAAUGAGAAAACAGGCUCAGAAGUACUAGAUAUUGGCAAUGAUAUUCGGCGACAUUACUUAAGCGAUUGCAAAUUAAAAGAAGAUGACAAAAACAUGAAAGAACUAAUUAACUUUUACACUGACUUCACGUAUGUCCACCAUAUUUAUAGAUUUCUGGAGAUGUGGAUAAAAGCCGGCCUAGAAGCUUAUUUUUACGUUUUUACUGGUUACACUGAGAGAAACGUUUAUGGAAAAUACGGAGAGAGAUAUGGUUUAAAGAACUCAACCCAUGCAGAUGAUCUUGGAUAUUUGUUUAGUGGACCCGUUUACCCGUCAUUGGGAAAUGAUUCUCGAAAAAUUCUUGACCAAACUUGUAAAUUGUAUACAAAUUUCGCUAAAUAUGGGAAUCCAACUCCAAAUGGCACAGUUUGGCAGCCCUACAAUACAAAUUCGAGAAACUAUUUAACGAUUGAUUUAGAAUUGACACCAAAGGUUGUCCAUAAUGCUUCAACUCUACGAUUUUGGAGGAAAAUUUAUUGCAAUGCUGGGCAAAAAUUUGCCACUUGUGAAUGUGUAUAGUCUUUUUUACUUCUAGGUCUAAAAAUCUUUUUCAUUUCGACAAUAAGUAAUAAUACUAAAUUGGUGUACAAUAUCUACAAUAUGCAUAUAAAUAGACCAGUUACCAAUACCGCUAAGCUACAAACUCCUAAGAUUUGUUACAAAAACAUUCAAAACCUCUUAGUUAAAACAACGCAGUCCCUUCAAUUUACGAGCAUGUUAAGGCGAUCUGUGUUUUCCUUGGUGCUUAAGUACGAAUGUCCCGAUGGAGCCGAGGAAGGGACAAGAAGGUUCAAAAUGUUACGUCUUAACUGAUAAACUGUUGAAUUAUUUAGAUGGCAAUGUUGGAGGGCAGUGUUAAAUGGACAGAGAGUCUGAUAAAGUCAUAGUAAUAGAAAAAAAGGUGGUGAGUGUUUAUAUAGCCAUGUGUUUAUCG